GAUUUCUCUGGGUUUCAUCCGUGGAUGAAGUCAUGGUUAUCAAAAAAGGAUACUGAGCACAAUCCUAAUGAGGCCCGUAACAAAUUAUUCCCCACUUAUCCUAGGAGGCAUAGGGUUUUCGAUUGCGAGGCUGGAAACUUCGAAAAAUCACGUGAAAAAUGUCAAAAUACGCUAGUCGCAUAGCCGAAGUGUUGCCGAAUGAAGGUCUUUCAUGAUGAGCUACGAUUUCAUUUUCAACGGCGCUUGGUUUCUUGUUCCUUUGAUCCUGGUUGCUGGUCAAGCAGAGGAAUCUUCCUCCAUUCGAGGCCGGAUACUCCGUUCGCAUGUUCCGAUCCAGGUGGCUCCGAAAGUUGAUGGAAAGUUGGGAAUUUUUUGCUUCCCCGGCCUCCAGCGAAAUUUUCCCGGAACUCUCUUCUCCUCUGUCAAGGUUCGCGUGUCACUCGAGCCCGGGGAAUUCGAUGUGUUCCCGGGAUCCAAUGAGCAGGAAGUGCUGUCCGCCUACACCAAGUCCCUGCUCCGAUGGGGCUUCGAAUUUCGUUCGCGGGCAUCGCAAGGACCCAAGUUCUCCCUUUCCCCGUUCCAGAACACUUGUCUCGGCGUUUUAUCCGACCAGGACUACAUCAUUGCUCUGCGCAGCCAUAACAUUGAUCCAGAAAGGCUGAUGCUUUUCCUCGCUGGAAUCGUCUGUUUCUUUGGCGCAGAAUCAAUAGCCACGUCGCUAUUUUGUAACUGCGUUCUCGGAUCGAUGUUCGCAUGUCUGGGGUCAGCUCUGCUGGCUGCAUUCUUCAUCAGCCGCAUGAUGCCCCUGAUUGCUGGCAUGAGCGUGUUGUUCUGCGGACUGGUUGUGACAACAGCAAUGUUGAAAACGACGGCAAGCCGAGGAUUCGAAUUGCUCAAGAAUCCUUCAAUAGUUCUUUACAUCCUUGCCACAACCGCAGCGACUGUGGGUUUGAUCAGAUACAAGAAACCUCACGGGGACCCUCGCGUGCGGACCGCCUUUCUCUGGGCACUCCAGGUACUUGGACUUUUCUCAAUCUUCUUCUCAAUCACAUUGAAAAAAUUUGCCUUUGCCCUGGACGCCGGGUUGCUCGCAAUGAAGCACGUUGUCUAUCCUCGGAUUGCAAAUUUGCUGUGUUGGUUCACCCGUCGCUGGCGAAUGCGUUCUCAUCAAUCCCAGGACCGACUUUCCGACGAGGAAUUUAUAUUGAGCGGUAUGCAGGAAACGAAGGAAGGCUUGGAGAAACUCCGUUUAUCCUGUUCCGCACCAGGUGUCGCAUGGUGGCAAAUCCUGUCACGACUCGAAGAAAAAGACAGGUUCCUUGCAUUCAUGUGCACCGGGGCUCACGUAACUGACGCCGAAAUCCAGUCACAUUACGACGAGUUCGUUGCUGGUGCUGGUAAAGGAAUAGAGCCGAUUUCUCGCGCUGAAAUAUCUUCUGAUGUGCAAAUCUCGGCGGAAAAAUCACGCGGAUUUCAGGAAGGAACUUCAGAUUUUUCGAAAUCGGAUGAGAAAUAUACACACACUGCUGUAGUUGCGACAAAGGCAGAGCGUCAGAAGUACUGUCCUGAGGAGCAUAUCCGUCGCCUGCCAAUCAUUCUGGGCGGGAUUGCAAGAAGAAAUUUUUUCGGAGCUCAGGAGAACCUCUUCUUAGAGCCCAGUUUUGAGACUGAGUUUUGCGACUGAGGAGAGAGAGACAGACAUACGAGUGAGCAGGGUAUUUUAUUCUACGCCACUCGGAAUAUGUGCUUAUUCCUUAAUCUCUUUCAGUUUCAAGUGCAGAAAUUAAGUUCAAAUAUAUCUAUUCUUGUAUGCGUGAAUCUUAAAAAA